AUGGGGAACGUUCCCUCGACCAUCAAAGAAUGCCUGAGCACCGGAUUGAACAUGGACUGGCUCUCCAUUGGAGAUACUCUCUUCCCGUUAGGACUGCAGAACAAUGUUACUCCAGCCCUCCCUGAAUUUGUAAAGAUAGUUGAAGUUGGACCUAGGGAUGGUCUACAGAAUGAGAAGGUGAUUGUACCAACAGAAGUGAAAAUUAAGUUGAUCAACCUUCUGUCAGAAACAGGGCUAUCUGUCAUUGAGACCACCAGUUUUGUAUCUCCAAAAUGGGUGCCCCAGUUGGCCGAUCAUAUGGAAGUCAUGCAAGGUAUAAAGAAGUGCCCACAAGUACGGUAUCCUGUAUUGACACCAAACCUCCGUGGCUUUCAUGCUGCAAUUGAAGCAGGUGCGAAAGAAGUAGCCAUUUUUGGAGCAACCUCGGAAACGUUCAGUAAGGUGAACACUAAUUGUUCCAUUGAAGAAAGUAUGCUGCGGUUUGAGGAGGUUAUCAGAUCAGCAAAAGAUGGCAACAUUCCAGUUCGAGGGUAUGUGUCCUGUGCAAUAGGAUGCCCAUAUGAAGGAAACAUUACGCCAUCUAAGGUUGCAGAGGUGGCUAAAAGAAUGUACAGUAUGGGCUGCUAUGAGAUUUCACUGGGGGACACAAGUGGUGUGGGAACUCCUGGCAAUGUGAAGAAAAUGCUGGAAGCAGUGAUGAAGGAAAUCCCUAAAAGUGCCCUUGCUGUUCAUUGCCAUGACACAUAUGGCCAGGCUCUGGCUAACGUUUUUGUAGCUCUACAGAUGGGAAUCAGUGUAGUGGAUUGCUCUGUUGCUGGAUUAGGUGGUUGUCCUUAUGCUGAUGGUGCUUCUGGAAACGUAUCAACAGAAGAUGUCGUGUAUAUGCUAAGUGGCUUGGGUAUUCACACGGGAGUAGAUUUAAGCAAGUUAAUGGAAGCUGGUCACUUUAUCUGUAAAGCACUGAACAGGAAGACCAACUCGAAAGUAGCUCAAGCCUGUUACAAGCCAUGA